GCUGUGGUUCAGCGUUUUCACAAACGGCAGAGAAAGAGUCUUGAAACACGUGUGGGGUCUUUUCUGUGUGCGUGUUGUGAUCAGCAGGCAGUAGUCCGAGCAGAAAACAUUUAAACGGGUAUCGAUUACCGGUGAUUAUCGAUCAGAAAUGACGAAGGUGAAGAAGGAGAAAGUUUCGGAGGAGGGUGAAGAAGCCGGUACCGGGGGCACCGAGAGGUCGUACCAGGAGCUGAUCGCUCACCUGAACCCGAUCGCUCAGCCGCUGGCCUCCAAAAAACUCAGCAAGAAGCUCUACAAAUGCGUGAAAAAAGCUGCCAAAGUGAAGAACAUCCGACGAGGAGUCAAAGAAGUUCAGAAGUUCAUCAACAAAGGAGAGAAAGGCAUCGUGGUGCUGGCGGGCGACACGCUGCCCAUCGACGUCUACUGCCACCUGCCCGUCAUGUGUGAGGACAGAAGCCUGCCGUACGCCUACAUCCCGUCUAAAGUGGAUCUGGGUUCCUCUGCGGGCUCGAAGAGGCCGACCUGCGUCAUCCUCAUCAAACCUCAUGAAGAUUACCAGGAAGCGUAUGACGAGUGCUUGCAGGAAGUUUCCAGCCUGCCCAAACCCCUCUGAAGCCUCCCGGCCUCCCCUUCAUAAGCCCCACCCCCUUCAUAAGCCCCACCCCCUUCAUAAGCCCCACCCCCCAAAGGAACAGUUCUUCCUCCAGCUGCGCUAACAGUUUCCAUCCACUGCCAGUGUUUGUGCUAAGCUAGGCUAAUCCAGCAGGAGGUUUAAAUCCAGACUUCAGAUAAAGAACAAUGUUGAUGUUUGAGUGAAAAAUGAUUUUGUAUGAUCGAUGUAUUGAUCUGUGAUCAGGACUGUAAAGGCAGAUGUUUCACAGAUGUUUUUGUUUUUUCUUAUUAAAGUCGUUAACGCUG